AUGAAGACCUUUAUCUUUAUAAUUCAUCUGGUGUCCUACUCUAUGACAUUUAUCUCUGCUCAACAAAACUCAACCACCACCGUGUGUAAAUCUGGAACAAGGAUUGCUGCCUUUGUAGUGAGUCAACCUAAUUCAUCAACAAUUGUCGCCGUUGGAGGACAUGCUACAGUCGCGUGGAGUUACUCGCCUCCUGCAUGGGCAACGAAACGACCACAACGUGUGUCCAUAUACAUAAACAGAGUUGCUACUGGUGUAGAUCUUGUGUUCGACGACCCAGUGGUAACAGAUCUUGAUGUGACAAAUAACGCUACUGUUUACGAUUGGUUUCCUGUGCAGUCUCUUAUUGAUGGAAAUUACAAGAUCAGGAUUGCGGGAGACGGCAAAGACACACAAAAAGGAGGCCAACCAAAUCGAGAUGUGUGUUUUGCUGACGGUGAGGUUGUACCUGCCAACAGUGCUCAAUUUGUUGUCGUAAACCCACCAUACCUACAACCAGUGGCAAAUCCAUUACCUGCAUUCAGUUCAGCACCACAACGAAACGAAAUCAAUGUAGCUCUUGUGCUUGUGUUAGGAACUGCAGUCUCCUUAAACAAGAUCCUAACUUUCUGCGACAGAGAAGCCAGGCCAAACAAGUCUUAUCGGAUAGCUGAGACAAUGCAAGCGGCUGUAGAGACAAUUCUCCAAGAGCAUGGUGUCUUAGAAGAAUUCAGGAUGCUGCCAAGCGACCUGACUGAAGAAGAUGGAGCGUGGACUAUUGAAAUUCGAGCUGCCGAGAGCAGCUCUUUCUCUCAACCAUUGGCUAUAUCAAGGCUAGGGGAUAUCCUUACACUGGCUCACUUCAGUCCUGAGGUGUGGGACGUUGUCUAUGAACCGUUAAUGGAGUACUCGCUUCAAUCUGAACCAUGGAGACCUUUAUGCAUAGAGAGACACUACGAGGGCCAUCGUAGAUUAGAAGACGGUGAAAUCACCAUCGAAGAACUUGAAAAGUUCGAUAGGGAAUGGGCGAGCAGAUUAAUAGAACGAGGUUAUCAUGAUACGUCGGUUUCACACGUUAAACGAGUAUCAGUACCCAAACGAGAUUCUGUGAAAUCAAAACUCUGA